UGCUUCAGCAUUCAUUCUCCAAAGUCACACGUGAUCGGCUGUAAGUUCCAGGCGGUUUGGAUCCAUCAGAGAGCGCAGGGGAUUAUGGAGCUGAAGGUGCAGCUGUGUGUGUUGCUGCUAGCACUGAGUGUGUGUGUGACGCAACAAGUGCGAGCUCACCAAGAAGACGAAGAUGAGGAUGUUCACGUGGACGACGACCUGGGAAACCUGGGAGAUGAAGACCUGCUGGACGGAGUAGGAGAGGGAGAGGUCGACAUUGAGGAGGAAGACGAGGAGGAGAAGCCGAAGCCCACUUUAUCAGCACCUACCGUGACGUAUAAAGCUCCAGAGCCAAAGGGAGAGCACUUCUUUGCUGAGUCGUUUGAUAAAGGAACACUUGACGGGUGGGUUUUAUCCCAGGCAAAGAAGGAAGGCAUUGAUGAGGAAAUCGCCAAGUAUGAUGGUAAAUGGGAGGUUGAGGAGAUGAAGGACACAAAGCUGCCUGGCGAUAAAGGCCUUGUAUUGAAAUCUAAAGCAAAACAUCACGCCAUCUCUGCUCCCCUACUGCGACCCUUCACCUUCGACACCAAACCCCUCAUCGUCCAGUAUGAGGUGAAUUUCCAGAAUGGAAUCGACUGUGGUGGUGCCUACGUCAAACUGCUCUCCCAGAGUCCGGACCUCAAUCUGGACGAGUUCGUAGAUAAGACCGGAUACACCAUCAUGUUCGGGCCAGACAAGUGUGGCGAGGACUACAAACUCCACUUCAUCUUCCGUCACAAGAACCCCAAAACGGGCGAGUACGAGGAAAAGCACGCCAAAAAGCCAGAGUCAGAUCUCCGCACGUACUACACCGAUAAGAAGACCCACCUUUAUACACUGGUCUUAAACCCAGACAACACCUUCGAGAUAUUGAUCGACCAGACGGUGGUGAACAGUGGAAGUCUGCUCAAUGAUAUGACCCCUGCAGUAAACCCUGCUGCUGAGAUCGAAGAUCCCGAUGACCACAAGCCUGAGGACUGGGACGAGAGACCCAAGAUCCAGGACCCGGAUGCUGUCAAGCCAGAGGACUGGGAUGAGGAUGCUCCAGCUAAGAUCAGUGAUGAAGAUGCUGUGAAACCUGAUGGCUGGUUGGAUGAUGAGCCUGAGUACAUCGGUGACCCCAGUGCAGUCAAACCAGAGGAUUGGGAUGAGGAUAUGGAUGGUGAGUGGGAGGCGCCCCAGAUUCCUAACCCUGCCUGCGAGUCUGCCCCAGGCUGUGGAAAAUGGGAGAGGCCCAUGAUUGACAACCCUAACUACAAGGGCAAGUGGAAGCCACCGAUGAUCGACAACCCCAACUAUCAGGGAGUGUGGAAGCCCAGGAAGAUCCCCAAUCCUGACUAUUUCGAGGAUCUGCAUCCGUUCCGCAUGACGGCCGUUAGCGCUGUGGGUCUGGAGCUCUGGUCCAUGUCGUCAGACAUCUUUUUCGACAACUUCUUCAUCACGUCAGACCGCAACGUUGCUGAGAAGUGGGCGGAGGACGGCUGGGGCCUGAAGAAAGCCGCAGAGGGCGCAGCCGAGCCUGGUCUGGUUAAUCAGAUGAUGUCUGCAGCAGAAGAGAGACCUUGGCUCUGGGUGGUCUAUGUCCUGACUGUGGCUCUCCCCGUCGUCCUCAUCUUCAUCUUCUGCUGCACUGGCAAGAAGAAGCCAGCGACCUCUGCUGCUGAGUACAAGAAGACCGACGAGCCUCAGCCUGAUGUGAAGGACGAAGAAGACGAAGAGAACGAAGACGAGGACAAGGAUGAAGAGCCAGAUACAAAAGCUGAUGCAAAGGAAAGCCCUGCAGAAGCGGCUGCAUCAGAGGAAGAGGAAGCAGAGAAACAGGAAGACAAAUCAGACGAGAAACAUGAGGAUGAUGUUCUCAGAAGGUCCCCAAGAAGCAAAGCGAGAGCCAGAAAGGAGUGAUGGACUUUUGCUGCAUCUGCUCAGCCGCAGCCUCUCUUCCAUGUUCCCCUCGUCUCUGAUCUCCCUCCAUCCCUCCCUCGGUCCCUCCUUUUACCCUUGCUCUGUACUCCUCUGGUCCUACUGCUCAGUCGUCACUUAAGUGACUACAGAAAGAAAGAAACAAAAUGAUCCACCACUUGGGACUGUUGUGAGGAGGAGGAGGAGGAUGAUGACCAUAAAUAGAGUAGAACUUUUUUUUUUUUUUUGCUUAACUAAAAAAAAAAAGGAAGAAACCUGAUCAUUCCGUAAAUGUGCUGAUGUAACUCCCCCUUUCUAUCCUUUUCCCACCUGUCUGUCUCUUUGUCUCUCUGUCUCUCACACACAAACACCUGCUAGCCUCCAGCUGGCAUCUUGCUCUUCCUCUUGCUCGUGUAAUGGAGGGAAUGCAUUGAACGUGGCAACACUACAGCACCAUGCAUCGAGCUUGGGUUUUAAAGCAGACAAGCCUCAUAAACCUGAAUGUGCAUAAGGAGAAAUCAGUAGUUGUUCUGUGAUCUCCUUCUGGAAACAUAGGUGGAAAGGAAGGGCGAUCGGACGGGCCUGUCAUCUACUCAGUUUAAGAAACGAUUCCUUGAAGCCCACAUGCCAUCUUUACUCUCAUUCCAAAAAGGUCUCGUAUUAUUUUUAAACAUUUCUCACCAUUGAUUUCAAGAGUCCCUUGUCCUUGCACUGUGGGGGUGUCCACAGAGAACACCUGUUAGGCUUUAGGCUUUAGCACACAGCCUUAUUUGUAGAACGGGGUUAGCGGAUUUAUUUUUGUGACUGUACUGUGACUUUUUUUUUUUUUAUUAUUAUUUCUACAUAUUUGUUAAUCUCUCAUUUUGUUUUCAACAGAAUUGACUUUGUACUAAAUCUUGAUUUUAUACUUUUUCCCUGUUUUUUUUUUUUGUUUUUUUUUUAGUUUGUAACUUAAACUUGUAAAACUGGGAAUUUUUUUUAAGCAUUGUUACAAACAUGACAACACAACAGGGCUGACCACCCAUGUAGAGGUUGUAGUUUGAGAUGCAGAUAACAGACUGAAAACUGAGAGUAUUUCUAUGGUUUUAACCAGGAUAUGAAUAAAAAAAAAGAAGAAACAUCAGGACAUAAGGCUUGUGUCCUUCACUGUGUCUGUGCCACGUCUUUUCCAUUGAUGCCCUAAAUCGGCCAUCGAACCAUCUCGAAUAUAUGACUCUGAAGCUUAACUCGCCUCCCUUUCUAUGGCAUCAUCCUGUCCGAACAGCAGCAGACGUAGCAGCAACAAAGCAAACACUGCUUUAUUUUUUCCAGUAUUUUUUUUCUCCUCAUAUUCAAUCUGUACAGUCAGAGGAUUUUUAAAUGUUUAAAGCAAGCAGUCCUUUCAAAAAAUUAACCCCAAAGACAUGAAAAUGGCACUAAUGUGGCACCUACCUGGAGUGCACUGCUUCAGCGCUGCCUAAAGACUCUGAAAUUUAGAUUUUCCUGACCUCCAUGUCCACCCCAGUGGGUGUCGCUGCAGUUAGAGUUCUGUCCCAAGCUUGCAAAGAGCUGGCACUUUCUAAAAUAUCAGAGUCUACCAUUCAGAUUCACAACUUCUAAUAUCAUGCUGCACUGCUGCUAUUCUAAAACUCUCUAUUUCUUUCUCUCUGUGUCUCAGCUAGCAUUCUCGUUGGUCUUAUUCUGUCCAGUAGGAGUUGUAUUUUAUCUUUUUUUUUUUUUGUUAAACCAUUUCUUUUUUUUUUUUUUUGGCCUAACCUGGAUAAAUGUUCAUAUGUGAAGAAUGUUGGAAUGAUUAUACUUGGUAGUGUAGUGAGAUUAAGAACUUCAUGUGAUUUUGAUUAUGUAUAUUUCAGGAAAUGGUGCGGAGGUAGGGCUUGGGGAGGGAGGGGUUAAAAAAAAUCCAUCAUGUUACUUACAAGACUAAAAUAAAUAAAUUCUAUGAAAGACGCAUGUCUUUUCAAUCUA